AUGGAACAGUGGAAGUCCCUCACACCGUAUUGCUGUGAACCUUGUCCGGAAGAUCAUGAAUGUGACAAGGAAGAUAAAAAGAAAGCAGCUAGGAAAGAGGAAGAGAGAAAAUAUUCAGAUUAUGAUUGCACAAACGAAGCAAGACUUGCAAUGAAUGCAGAGAAACAGUGGAGAUUCAACGCUCUGGCGAGUUUAGAGCAAAGUCUCAAACCCAAUGUCAUCAUGCCAAAGAAAGUAGAAAUCUCGAAAUUUCCAACAGAAGCCGAGCCUUUAGAUUGUGAGCCAGACCAAGCGUUUUUGGAGGCGAAGAAAAAAGAAUUUGAAGAUGACAUUCCACAUCAUCCGAUUGAAGAAGUGCUAAUUGAAAACACUCAAGCUCCUCGUCCACCUACGACAGUGAAGCCGGACCCCAGAGAAGCUGGCGUUUUCUGUUUCAAUUGCAAAGGAUCAUUCGAGAGUUACAGUCAAUAUCACCUACAUCUUUUCAAUAGUCACGAUAAUGGAGCAUGCAGUAAAGUGCUCCCAAGUUAUUACCCUACCGAGACUAUCGAUCGAAGCGGAUUGUUCGACCCGAGAUACAAGCACAAAGUCAUGCACAGUAGACCGUCCAAACGAGACGUCAGACAUGUUCGCUGUACACAUUGCAAGACGAUAAACUUUACUUCAACUGCAGAACUCUACGCUCAUAUGAUUAACUGUGCAAAUUCUGUUACUCAGGACAGUGGUAAUUCCCCUCCUCGCAAUUUCACUUCAUUCGGAUACGGACUGCCUCCAUCACACGAUGCCUAUCAAUACGUGUUCCCAGAAACCUCAGAUCAAUCUACUCCCAGAAAGAAGAAAGGCACAAUACGAUACACGUCUACAACGACGAGAUUCUGA